AUGACAGAUACCUCCUCCCUCGCCAUCACGCACGCCACGACGGAUCCCUAUCCGGUCCCCCCUCCUCCGGGCUCACCUCUCGCCAACGGCGCCAUCUCAGACUCAGUCGCCCCCGAUGAAGAGCCGUACACCAUCAAGUGCAUCUGUCAGUUUGACGAAGAUGAUGGUAAUACGGUAUUCUGCGAAGGGUGUGAGACAUGGCAGCACAUCAUCUGUUACUACCCUAAACAUAGGGUUCCUGAUGUGCACAACUGCGUCGACUGUGAGCCUAGGCCCUUGGAUGUCCGCCGCGCUAUCGAGCGCCAGCGGGCAGAGAGUGUCAAAGAGCGGAGUGAGGACGGUGACCGGAAAAAGCGGCCGAGUGCAAAGGCUACAAAGAAGAAGAGCAAGGAGGGCGAUGUGAAUGGGUUUGGCCACCAGCGAAGCGAGUCAGGGGCGCGCGAUCAACCCCCGCCAAAGAAGACCAAGACAUCCCACCGCUCAUCCGCGUCCAUCAGUGCUCUCGCGGGUACUCCGAUCCUUCCUUCGGAGACUCGGAAACGUCGUUCAUCCACAUCCAUUGCACCCAGUCCUACUAAACCUCCUGGCCCUUCCAUCCCACUUUACUCGAACGAAUUCCUUCACCUUUACGACCGAGAUGAUGAACAUGUGGACAUGGAUAGUAAUCUGUUUGUUAAUGUGAAUCUAGUCGGUGAUACUGCUUCGUGGGUCAAGGAUCCCGAAGCUUUGAAACGCGUGACCAAGGGGAGCACCGAAGAUACGUUCAACUGGUCGGAUGCGGCCUUGGAUCGAUCGCGUUGGCCGAACUUGACCACCGACGUUAUCACGGACCCCUCGCCCGAGAUGAGCGGACCGCAACCGACUUGGAAGAUCCUCAAGACUCAGGAUCCUGUACAAAAAGAUCAGAUCGUUGGGGAGAUUACGGGUAAGGUUGGCCUUUUUAAAGACUACUGCCUUGAUCCCAAGAAUCGUUGGCAGGAACUGCGACACCCCGAACCCUUUGUGUUCUUCAGUUCUCACCUUCCCCUUUAUAUCGACAGCCGCCACGAAGGCAGUGUCCUCCGCUACACCCGUCGGUCAUGCAAUCCCAACGUCACGAUGAAAAUAUUCAUCACCAACGAUGUCGAGUACCACUUCUGUUUCGUUGCCAAGGAGGACAUCCCCCCAACUCAGAGAUCACCAUUAUGUGACUCUGAAUUGCCCGAGUCAUCGAAUGGUGUGGUGAAGCAGGAGUCUGGCGACAGUACAACCGAGGCUGCGGCCAUCACCACCGAAGCUGCUGCUAUCUGCAUUAGCAACACACUCGCCAACUUCGGAGGUUGUGCCUGUGGUAUGCCGCGGAAUUGUCUACUUGCAAAACUGGAUUCCCGGCGGCAUCCCAAAUUCCUCGAGUCUGGUGUCAAGCAGGCGAACGGUAAGCGGAGGAGGGUCAAGGCGAAGUCUACCGCUUCGCCCCGCGAUACGAGUCGCACAUCCAUCAGUCGCGCUGGAAGCGAGACGACAAAGCUUCCGGAAGACGAUGAAGUCGCCGCGGAAUCUCGAUCCACGUCGGGCUCCGCACGUGGACAGCCUCGAAGCCGUGACACCAGUCCUGUCCUCCCGGAGUUGUCUACUCGUGAAAAACGUAAAAUUGCAGACGCUGAAAAACACUUCCAACAACUGGAGCAACAAGAGCAUCGCCCAGGGCAGAAGAAGAAGAAACGUGUCAGUGGACCAUCAGCGCAAUCACCCGCAGCUGUGGCAAGCUCCACCCAAACAGGAUACUUUCCUUCUCAGCCGCGGUCAGCAAAGUCACUCCAUCUUGAUUCUGCAGGCCAAUCUCGCUCUCCGACAUCAGCGCUCUCCCCUGGACCUUUGCUCCCUGGUCGUCGUGGAUCACCUCGGAAGACGUCCAGAUCAAGUACUCCGUACUCUCGCUCUACGCAUAAUAGGCCCGCAUACGUGGAUGCCGCGGUCCAGGCGAAUCUUAGCGAGCCUGAGGAUUCAAUAUCCCGCGGCCUGUCACCGCGCCCCCGUUCCGUUUUUGUCCCCAUGACCCUACGGCUUCUGAAGCGGUUCAGCAUGGAUCGACUGAGAUCCGAAGAGGUUGCGCGACAGCAGUUAUCUUCGGCCGGUUCUGAUAGUGUGGGUCCUGCAGCAUCGUCAUCCCCUUACACGGUUCGAUCUCCAGUUGUCAGUCACAGUGAUUUUGCUAUGGCCGAUGCGGACAACGAGCGGAAGCCUUCCACUCCAGUUGGCCAAAUGGAUGUAGAGAUGCAAGAUGACUCUAGCAAUGUUGAGUCUGAAUCACUCCAAGCCAAUCAGGAUCCCAGCAAGCCGCUUAUUCCUCCUCCUUGGCCAUCGACUGCUGCUCACAACACUCCUCUCCUUCGCUCCGUAAUACCGGCUGACCGUGGCAACCUCCGUGUCACUAUGCCUCCUCCGUCUACCAUCCCCACCGCCUCUUCUUCCGCGGUCAGCCCGAGGUCUAUGUCUUUCAAUUCUCCUACGAACUUCGAUACAUCUCCUAAUGCUACUGUGCCCCCGGCUAUCUCCGCGGCACCUGCACCUGCACCUACCCCCGCCAAGAAGAAACUCAGCCUUGGUGAUUAUCUUAACCGAAGAAACACCAUGACGGCCACUCCCACGUCGGAGAAGUCUCAGGUCCAGGCAGCCAUUUUUGCUCCUCAGAAUUCGCCUUCCACGCCAGGGUCAGGCCCAACACAUAGUGCCGAUGGCGAAAAGACUCCUAUCAAGGCGUCUCCUGUCACCAAGGCAGAGGAAACCCUUAGCUCACCCGAUGUAGCGAUGAAAGACGCUCCGGAAUCAACUCAACCCCACAUCCCCUCCAUCUCAUCGUGA